CUCCAGGUCAGGACUGAUGGUGUGUGUGUCUGUAGGUCAGUCAUGCAGUCCUGCAGUUCUGCUCUCUGUAUCCUGAUCUUACUGAUCUCUACAGUCUCUACUGCUGUUCCUACAGUGAAGGUGAAUCUUCAUGACUCUGCUACUCUGUCCUGCUCUGAGAGAUGCUCUGGUUUGGUCAGAUGGACUGAGUUCAGUGAAUCCACUGAUACUCUGGCUGAGUGUAAUCAGACUUCAUGUAGAUCAGUGAAGGAGGGAUAUCAGAUGAUCCAUGAUCAGUACCUGAAGGGAGAUUUUUCCCUCAUCAUCACUGACGCUGAUUUCACUAAGAGAGCCCUGUACACGUUUCAGUGUGAUGGUAAAGACGUCUGUGAUGUGAAGCUGCUGAUUCAGCCCUUGAACACUGCAGUUCAGAUAAAACCUGGUGACGCUCUGGUGCUGAAGUUGGACAUAUCAGAUCCAGUGGAGGUGAUUUAUAACAGUACAGGAGCAGCUGGACCAUCCAGUGGUCAGAUCUGUACAGUGGAUGGACCUUCACUACAGUGUAAACCUGAAUACACACAGAGAGCAUCACUCACAGCUGGACUUGAGCUGAGAGCAGUGACUCCAUCUGAUAGUGGAGUUUAUACUGUAAUGGACAAGAAGAAUAAAGAGGUCAUUCAUAUCUACACAGUGACAAUCGAAGAUGACCAGCCCUGCAGAGACCAGAGAGCCGCUGUGCCAGUGUGGCUGUCUGUCCUCUCCCUCACUGUGUGUGGGGUAUUAUUGUUGGUGAUUGGGUGGAUGUGGAGAAAAAUUCAGCAGAGAAACAGAUGAUGAGCCUGUGAGCCCCACUAAUAAGCAGUAACAGAGGAGAGAUCAUUCCCAGUCUCUGUUUCUCUUUUGUUCGCUCCCUUUUUCUUCUUUGUGUCUGUGGGUACAUAUCCAGUUCUGUCUGAACGAUGUGAAAGGCAGGGUAGUAGCAGCUCUGUUUGGCCUCCCCUUUCUGUUCAAUCUAAAACUGAACGCAUGGUAUAAAGUCUCUGACGCUGUUGUUGCUCCUGUUGAGUUAAAAGACAGAACAGAAUCACAGUUACAGCAGGAUGAUGCAUAUCAGGCUGAUACGUGUUGGCUGGCUACAUAAACGAUUAAUCAACAGAAAAAGAUGAGUUAGUUCAGUUUCAGUUCAGAUCAGUUUAAUCGAGUCUACUUAAGAUGAGAAUUUAUUUAACUUUUAUUUGAAAUCUACAACUGAUUGACGGGCAGGGUUGGGGUAGAUACUGAAAAAUUAGUAGUUAGCUACUUUCACAAGAUUUGUAGCAGCUACAAUUUAGCUACUUUUCCAGAAAAAGUAGUGGCUACUUUUUGAAAAGUAGUGUUCCAGAAAGAAACAUACAACUGAAAAGCUGCAAAUAUACAAAAAAAAAUCACUAAAAAGUGAGUUUAAGUGUUACCAGCAGUUAAACUUACACAACCAAAGGUGAUCUCCAACACAAUUUAGACUAAAUAACUAAAUUUACUACUACAGCUCUUAGGUACAAAAAUGUGUAGUUCCUUAUAAAAAGUAGCGUGAUACUUAGCUCCUCCCCCAUCCCUGUUGACGGGUUCAUUUGCAUUCGGUGUUGUAGACAAACACGCCCCUCAAAGGGCGAACAACUCGCGAAGCUGAAAUCGAAGGAAGUGGGGGCGAAUUCUGCAUCCCAUGACCUUAUUACAAAAACUCUUAUUAAUCUCCAUCAGAUUAUUAAUCUCUGUUAGAUUAUUAAUCUCCAUCAGAUUAUUAAUCUUUUCAGCUUUUCAGUAUUCACAGUAUUACAUUGAGUGUAUUUCCUGCUUUUUAACAUAUGAGAGAGAUCAGUUUAAUCAAAACUAAACUGUAAACAAAACUGUAAAUAGAAACCCAGAAAAAGCAGCUGUAGUUCACACAGGCUUCCUGAAGACACAGUAUACAGUAUAUUUAUAGUUUCUUUCCAACACAAAUAUUGCAAAACACUCAGUUCAGAGUGGACGCCGAUGUGCACAUAUCCAGAAUGAAGGGAUUUCACUGCAGAAUGUUAAAUUCAGCCAAAUUAUGAAGGAGUUCAGAGUGGAUCAGAAAUCUUUAGUUAAAACUGUCCACUAGAGGACAGCAGAGAGUCAAACACACUGAAAAAACUGUACAGUUUCAUUUUAAUAUAAUUAUUUAAAUAAAAUAAUAAAUAUAAUCAUAUUCCUGAACGGUUUGGGUUUCUUCAGUAGUCUAACUCAGUGCUGCUCAGGAAUGUGGGCGUUUUCAUUUUUACAGUCUGCUCAGGAUCAUUCAGAGUGUUUAUACUGUUACUUUGUGCCUCUGGAAAGACGUGUUGGUCUCAGAAAUCCUAAUGCUGACCCUCAAGUGGAUUAUUAGUGAGCAUAUUUACGCAUUUUUCUAUGCAAAUCAGUCAUAUAAGGGAAAGCGCAGCCCAGUCUAAUGCGUAUCUGUACAUAUUUAGAAAGCAGCCCUCGUCUGGUUUAAAGAACUGAGUUGUUUGAGUUGAACAGAAUUGUGCUGAAUUGUGUUUCCACUGAUUUAGCAGACAUUUUAGUGACUGUUACAACUCGCCCCCCAGUCUGUUACGGGUAACCCUGACUACAAUGGACGUACUAACACUGACACAGCUGUCUGCUUUCAACUGAAUUGAACUGAAAACAAAGCUGUCUUUAUUUGUAGCAGUGAUGUGUACACUGACUGCUUAUAACACUGCAUUAUAAACAAUAUUAAUUACAAAAAUAAUAUGAAUUUUAUUAAACAAUAUGUAAUAAUAUAUAAUCUUGUGUUUUUAAAGUGAUUUAUUGAAGAACAAGGCUGCGCUCUCUCUGUCCUGUCUCUGUUUUGCACAUAGAAAAGUUUUCUGCCAUGUUUAUACUGUGUAAAAUCUGCACAUGAUAAAAGUGUCCCUGGGGUGGCCCAAUAUUUUUGUUAUGAUUUAUGUACAAAAUAAAGCCUUUCAGUUUGUACUGUUUUAAA